AUGGAAAAGUUCCCCGACUUCGUCGACACGCCCCUGGGCGAGUCACCUUUAGACGGCCCUCCAAACCCUCCUGGCUGGGCAAACGGCGCGCCUCCUCGUCCCUCCGAUCGAUGGCUACCGGUUUCAAGGCAUGAGAAUGGCUGGUCAGCGGCAUCUCGAGGGCACAAUCGCCAGAAGAGUCUCACUGAUGCCAUUCGUACAAUAAGAGGUCGCAAUGGCAGUGUUAGCCAGAAUGCCCAAGAGAUCGCCGACGCACUUCGUGCUCCCAUUUCUCCCAAACUCAUUAUUCUCUGCGUAUUGUGGUACGCCUCCUCUGCACUCACAAACACUUCCUCCAAGUCCAUCUUGAUGGCAUUUGACAAGCCUGCCACCUUGACGCUUGUUCAGUUCGCUUUCGUUUCCUCAUUAUGUAUCUUCAUGGCAUGGCUGGCGACCAUAUUCCCCAUCUUGCGGACCAAAGUUGCAGCUCUCAAGCAUCCGAUUCGAAAGCCAACUCGCGAUGUCAUCAGGACCACCCUUCCUCUUGCGGCGUUUCAGAUCGGAGGCCACCUCCUCAGUUCAACGGCUACCUCUAAAAUUCCAGUGUCCCUUGUUCACACCAUCAAGGGUCUUUCGCCCCUCUUUACCGUCCUCGCUUACAGAAUUGUGUACGACAUCCGAUACCCAAAGACGACUUAUCUGUCUCUGAUCCCUUUAACACUCGGUGUCAUGUUGGCCUGCUCUGGAAAAACGACAUACGGUGGAGAACUUAUUGGUGUUAUACACGCUCUUCUCGCUACGGUUAUCUUUGUCACCCAAAACAUCUUCUCCAAGAAGCUGUUCAAUGAGGCUGCCAAAGCUGAAGCUGAAUCGCCACAUUCCCUGCCGAAGAAACUGGACAAGCUCAAUCUGCUAUGUUAUUCUUCAGGCAUGGCAUUCGUUCUUACCUUGCCCAUUUGGCUUUGGUCCGAAGGAUUCACCCUCCUUAUGAACUUUUAUCACGAGGGCUCCAUUGACCUGAAUGAGCAGCCCAAUUCGAUGGAUCACGGACGACUUACACUUGAGUUUAUUUUCAAUGGUGUUUUCCAUUUUGGUCAGAACAUCCUUGCAUUUAUCCUUCUUUCUAUUGUUUCUCCUGUUACCUACUCAGUUGCCAGUCUCAUCAAGCGCGUUUUCGUCAUUGUACUUGCUCUGGUGUGGUUCAGAAGUCCUACAACACCCCUCCAAGGGGUAGGUAUAGCCCUCACCUUCCUGGGCUUGUACUUGUACGAUCGAACAAAAUCGGGCAACAAAGCCGAUCAAAAGGCCCAGUCGAUGCAAAUCAAAAGAUCGUCCUUGCUCCCUACCACUAACAACGGUUUCCGGCCUACGCCGAUAACGGAGUCCCCGCAAAGCACUGAGCUUAAUUCUUAUCCGUACCACGAGGGCUACUUUGGCCGCCCAACAGCAGCAGAAGACUCCAAGAAGAGUGAUGAUGGCGGCGCCCGCAGCCGUACUCCAGCUACCAGUAACGGCUGGCUCCCUCCUGGCACCAAGCAAGAAGAUACAUGGCAACCUGGUGAUCGAAUUGCUGGUGUAUCAUGA